AUAAGUGUUUAUGACAUGCAGUGUUCUCUAUGUGUAUUUAUAUUCAUUAUAAUAGCAGCAUUACCUGUAACAAAGCAAGAAUCAUGUCCAAACGGUACCGUUGAAGAAUGUGAAGAAAAAUCAAAUCUGCGUCAAAAAGGGUACCGUUUCAAGACAAAUGUCAAUCAAUACGAACAGAAAAAAUACUUAGUGUUUUUGCAGCAGCUAGAACAGCAUGGCGUCAAAAUAAAACAAAAAUCUACGGAAACAGGCCUUUUUGAACCCUUGCUUCUGGCAGAUAAUAAGAAACGAAGGACGAAACGUAGACUAAAAACGACAACAACCGCUUCUCCCGAAUAUAGCUAUUAUUCUGCUGAUGCUUCAACUGAAUCAGAAUCGAAUUCUGGUUCGGAAGCCGAGCCUUUUGAGACGAAACCAAUAAUCACCGCACCAUCAACAUUGCCACCCCGUCACAGGACCAAGUUCUUCGAUUUUGACCAGCCAUAUCCGCCACAACCGAGACCUACCUAUACAACGCUUGGACGAUUUAUAUACGUCACGCAACCCAGAGCUACUCAUGCUAAUCGACCUACAGUAAAACUCACAUAUCCAACACUAGCAAGCACCACGUUUACAACUACUAGAACAACUACUACCACAACUCCUACAACUCCUGCAACUACAACGCCGAUCGAAGUUGAAGUAGAAGAUGAUGAUAGCUCAUCUUCAGAAGAAAGUAUUGAAACUACAACAAAGAAAAAACGAACAAAAACGACGCGCACCAAAAAGAGAACUAGAAAAACCACGCGAAAGAGGAAAGCACCGGUGACAACGGAAGCACAAAAACUUUAUGUGACAACUAUAAUAUAA